CGUCACGUCUGCGAUCACGUGGACUUCUCCGAGGUGCUGCCACGACACUAAUAAACCUGGAGGGCGCUCCCGGGCUCUGCCUGCCGUGUGGUUCCUCCCGGGGACCCCGAGGGCGCCGCGGGGAACCCCCAGUUCACACCCGCGUUGCGGAGGCCGGGGCCGGAGGAGGGGCGCGGGCGGGGGCCCCGGAGGCCAGAGCGCAGGCGCGGCGCGGGCCGGAAGCGGCGGGGCGGGGCCUGCGCGAGCGGAAGCUCCGGGGUUCGGCUCCGCCCCCUCGGGGCGCGCGGUCCGCAGGGAAGCCCCGCCCCCGGCCCCGCCCCCGGAGAGGACCCCGCGGCCUCCCCCGUCCCUGAGUCGCCCCCGAGCUUGGGGUUCGGGCCGGGCCUUGGGGUGUGAUCUGGGCUUCGGCGAGAGCCGCAGAGGGGCCGCCGGGCAGCUGCUGGGAGAGAUGGACAGCAGGAAGCGCCCCAGCCAGGCGCCCCGGGGGACAAAGGCGGAGCCGCGGCUCCCCCAGGAGCACGGGCUUCCCCCCAAGCCGGGCCGGGCGACGGCCUGGGGCCCCCCCAGCGCCCCCGGCAGCGGGCAGCAGCCGCCACAGACGCAGGACUGGGUGUGCGAGCAGCAGGAGCGCGGGCCCCCGAGACGCCACUGGAGCCUGAGCAUCGACGACCGGCGGCGGCUGGCGGUGCUGGGCGGCCUGGACCGCGCGGUGGCCCCCGGGGCCUCCCCCACCCCCACGGUGCGCGGCGGGGAGCGCGGCCCCAGCGGCCUCCCAGCGCACCCUCCCGCGGCCUCCCCGCCCGCCGCGCCCCUGACCCGGCGCCGGCCGCAGGACAUCGCGCAGGGCGUGUGGCAGCUGGUGUCCGAGGGCGUGGACAGGGACGUGCUCAGCCCGCACCCGCCGAGGUCCGCCGAGUCCACCACCGCCUUCCACUCCUUCCUGGCCCGAAGCGCGCCUUUGUGGCAGAACUCGCCAAUGGAGCGGUGAGCCCCAAGGCGGGCGCCGCGAGGUCGCCGCCACCGAGAGUCCGACCCGGUGCGCUGUGUCCCGCGCGCGGUUCCUGGGCGCCUGCGGCGGCGGCGGGCCGAGGCCUCUGUGUGUGGGGGGCUUCCCCGGCUCCGGGGCGCAGUCCAGGCAGCGCCCAAGCCUCGGCGUGGGGAGGGCCUGCGGGCGACGCGGCUGGCGGCCCUGGUGCCCCGGGGAGCUGGGCCCCCCCUGCACGGGCCCGCUACUCUCAGGAGGGCGGGGGUCCCCGAGGCAGGAGCCCCCGGGGGGCCGCGGGAGGCCUGGGGGUGGGUUUGCCUCCUGCCUCCGGGGUGAGCGCCCUGGCCACCAGGGCCGGGCGGGCCGCGGGAUCUGCCUUCGUGCCCGGCCUAGGGGCCACGCGUUUUGGGGACGGCCGUUGGGAGGGGCGCAUAGGAUAAGGCUGGAAGCGGGGAGCAGGGAAGGGGGGAGGUGUGCAGCUCCGGAACGCGCGAGGGGCUUGGGGGAUGGGGCGGCUGAGCAGCGAUGGCGUCAACCUGAGCCCCUGGUGAGGCGGGAGCCAGGCCUGUGAAGCCCCCUGGCUCCCACCACACACGCCGCGAGCUGGUGAGGCCGCCCCCUCCCCAGUGCGGCUGCAGCCUGAAGAUGGGUCGCCAGGGUCCGACUUGAAUCCCGGGACCGGCCUCAGCUCCGGCCUCCCUGCCCCUCCUAACUGUAAGACCAGCGCAAGUCCUCCUCCUCCAGGAAGACUUCCAGGGUCACACAGCUAGGCCUGCCGCCCCCCCCCACCCCCCAUAGUUCCCUCCGGGAGUCCCCUGGAUGUAAUUUUGUCUGAGGCCUGUGUGGUUCCCACACUCCCUGGGCUGGGGACAAGGGGCAGCUCGCUGGGCCCUGCCUGCGGGCUCUGAAGGAGGGGUACAGGGCCAGAGGGAUGGGGGCUAGGGGCCAGGUUUGGGCAGGGCCUUGGGGGCAUCAUAAAUCCCCUCUCAUCGUCCUCGGAGGCCCUGGGUGAUGAGGCAAGGGUGGGGUGGGGACUGGGGGCUCCCUGCUGGGCUGGGAGAUGCCCCGAGGGUAGAGGGGGACAAGCCUGUUACUGCUGGCGGGUUGGGGCUGACCCUGGCCUUGCUGGGGUGAUGCGGGCUCUGGGGAGCUCUGUGGCAGGCCUCUCCCUCUGCAGGUGCUGCCUCCCACACCCUCCAGCCGCUGGGAAUGGGGACCGCACAGCCGCGAGACCCUCCUGGGGAGGGCCGUGGUGCCAAGGAUGGGUGGCAAUGCUGCAGACAGUUGGGGUUGUCACAACUGGCCGGCGGGGGGGGGCGGCGGUUCCCGUGGCUGCUGUAACAAAUUAUCCUGAACUGUCAAUUCUGUAGGGACUGACGGACCUCAGUGGGCUGAAGUCAGGGCGGCAGCCGGGUCGUGUGGCUCUGGGUUGCUCUGGGGGGCCUGCUCCCCACUCGGUCACUCUGGGGGGUCUGCUCCCCGCCUGGCCCAGCUUCUAGGCCCGUGCCCGCCCCUCCCUCUGCCAGCAGCUCUUCAUCUUCCAACUUUGGUCCCUUGGCCUCCACGUCCCCUUCCUUGCCCCUCUCUGUGCCUCUCUCCCUUUUAGGAGGAGCGGGUGACCCCCCUGGUUGAGACCCACUGGUCAGCGACCUUAUGUCUCCUUUGCCACAGAGUCUCCGUGGGGAGAGGCUGGGGGGCUGCAUGGCACAGCCCCCCUCACUGUUGGUUUUCUGGCCCCAAGUGCCCACAGUGCUGGAACCCCUGCGAGGAGGGGCAUCUGAGGAGGGGCUGCAGGGCAGGCGGGAGGGACAGAGGGAGCCGGGCUGUGGGGGAGCCGGGCAGGGGUGGCUGCCCCGGCAGGUGCCGUUACUGCCCUUUUGAAGAAGUGACCUCGUGGGCUUUGAAGAGCCGCUCUCUGUUAAACACAAUGAAGAACCAAGUUUGGGAGGCCCGUCCGUAGCCACGACAACAUCAGAUUACGAAGAAGAGCCAGAGGUGGAGUCGCUGGUUUCUGGCCCCGACAGUGCGGGUGAGGCCGGCGGCUGUCCUGGCCGAGCUCUGGCUCUGCUUGCUGUCGUUUCCCUCGCCCAGAAUGCACCGCGUCUCCUCCCACCCGCCACGGCCUCAGCCAGCACCGGCACUUUGGCCACACAAACUCGGUUUUGAUUUAGUUCUUGAUGGGCUGGAUUUAAUGCCAGUAAGAACGUUAAUAAAGAACAGUAUUUCUCUCGUG